ACAACCUAAAAAAGCAGAUAAGACAAAAGAAUUAAGUCAAAGUGGAAGGAGGGAAAGGCUUUGCCAGUGUUAUGCUAUGCAUUAACAGUGGUGCUUGUUUUGUAGGGUAGAAAUGUAGAAUUGAUUAUGGUGAGAAGAGAUAAGAGUGUAUGAACAGGGAAGUAAAGAAGGACCAGCACAGCCACAACUGCCAGGUUCAGGGGUUCCUUGGAGUAGCAUUAAAGACACUUUUCCCGAUCUUCCCUCACACAUCACCACCCAAAUGACAAGUCUUGAAAAACCAAUGCAACAACAAAAAGGAAAGAAAGCUAACUACUUUUUUUAUAAGAGGAAAACUGCAUUGAUGUCUUGAUGACUUUUAGUUGGAAGAAGAACAAAAAACAAAAGAAAUGGGUUGUGGUUCUGAGCAUUUUAUCAUGAUCUUCAACAUCACCCUCUUGAUGCUUCUAUCAUCACAAAGCACCCACAUUUUGACUGUGGCUGGUUCUCUAUUCAAUGCAGUGGGAAGCUUCCAAGUUCAUGGCCUACCCGAGAUGUAUUUCAUUGAAGAGAAUGAUGAAAAGCAAGUUAAGAAAAUCUCAGGAAUAGAUGAGAAUGAAGAGAAGCAAGCUUUGAUACUGGAAAAGUUUAGAUCCUUGCUUGGACUCAAGAGCUUCCACACCAAAGUUCCAUUCAAUGGUGAUUUGGAGUUUCUCUCUCCUUCACCUUCUCCAUCACCUAUCAUUGAAGAAACUCAGGCUCCUUCUCCUUCUCCUCUUCCACACGUGCCCCAUCAUUCCCAUCACCAUCCACCACAUCAUAAGAAUCUACCACUUCACCAAACUCAUCAUGAAGAUAGAGGCAGGGCUAAGAGAAUACUAAUAGCUGUUCUUGUAUCUGCUGGGGUUGCUACAUUGCUUGGUGCUUGUGGCUUAUUCUGGGUGUGGAGAAAAUUCUCAAAUCACACAAAGAAACCCAAAAGAACAAUGCCACUAUAUAAUAGCAAGAGCAAAGGAAGUGGAGGUGGUUAUCAAAGUUCAUCAAGCAAGGUGAGUUUAAACUCAGGACUAGAUCUCUUUUAUCUUAAUGCCUUAGGCGAGGACAUAGAGCAACACUCUUGCAGCUUGAAAAAGACUCGCAAGGAUGGUUUAGAAUAUGAUAAUGUUAGUGGUUCUUCCGCGAAGGAAAUAGCAUCUGUUCAUGAAGAUGCAGAAUCAGUGGAAGGUGAACUUGAAUCUGGUGGAGGCAACUCUUCUUCUGGGGAUAAAAUUAUCCCUGAAGAUUGCCAUUCAUCAGACAAUGAAAGUUUUCAUUCCUUUGUUAAUGAUUCACACUCCAAUGCCUCAGCUUGUAGUCUUAGUGACAAAAACUCUCUGUCCCGUCAAAAUUCAACUUCUUUACCAAACCAAUUUCCUAGUUCUCCACAUAACUCAAUGUCAAAUAUACAACUUCACCAUUCACCAAAUAUUCCAAAAACAUUCACUUCCCCUCCGCCUCCUCCUCCACCACCACCGCCUCCACCAUUGCGAAUGCCAUUAUUUUCUUUGCAUUCCCUUACUUCUUCAUCUAGACUCUCCUCUCAUUCCCCACUUUCUUUGACAUCUAAUAAUUUAUCAUCUCCGGUAAAUUCAGACACUUCUUCUGGUUCAAAUCAAAGUCCAGAAAAGGAGUUGCCUUCUCCACAUGGACCUUACCCUACACAAUCUCCUCCCAACAUUCCCCCACCACCAUGUCCACCUCCAUUUCUUAAAGGCAAUAGUGCCAAAACCCCACCUCCUCCACCUUCUCAACUCCCUCAAUUUACCCCUCUUGGUAAAGAUGGUGCACCAUUGCCAAAACUCAAACCACUUCACUGGGACAAAGUAAGAGCUGCACCAAACCGCACAAUGGUUUGGGACAAGCUAAGAUCAAGCUCAUUCGAGUUGGAUGAGGAAAUGAUCGAGUCUCUAUUUGGUUACAAUUUGCAAAAUUCAAUUAAGAAUGACGAAACAAAGAGUAAAACACCGUCUCCAGGCAAGCAUGUACUUGAGCCAAAACGCCUGCAGAACAUAACUAUACUCUCGAAAGCUCUGAAUGCGACAGCUGAGCAUGUCUGCGAGGCCUUAAUGCAAGGGAAGGGGUUGUCGUUGCCCCAACUAGAGGCACUAGUGAAAAUGGUACCCACCAAGGAAGAAGAGUCCAAGCUCUUCAAUUAUAAAGGUGACAUCAAUGAAUUGGGGUCCGCCGAAAGGUUCGUGAGGGCAAUGCUCGAUGUGCCAUUUGCCUUUCAAAGAGUAGAAGGCAUGCUUUUCAGAGAGACAUUUGACGAUGAAGUAGUUCACCUCAAGAACUCAUUUUCAAUGCUUGAGGAAGCAUGCAAGGAACUAAGAUCAAGCAGGCUCUUCUUGAAGUUACUAGAAGCAGUGCUCAAAACGGGAAACCGAAUGAACGUUGGAACAAUCAGAGGAGGUGCUAGAGCAUUUAAACUUGAUGCACUUCUCAAGCUUGCAGAUGUUAAGGGAACUGAUGGUAAAACCACGUUGCUCCAUUUUGUUGUUCAGGAGAUUGUUCGUUCGGAAGGAAUAAGAGUUUCAGAUAGCAUUAUGGGGAAAAUCAGCCAAAGAAGUAAGAACAGAACGGAGGAAGAGAAGGAAGAAGAUUACAAAAGGAUGGGAUUAGAACUUGUUUCUGGUCUCAGCACUGAGUUAUACAACGUGAAAAAAACAGCCACCAUUGACUUGGACGUUCUUGCAAGCUCUGUGUCAACCCUAUCAGAAGGAAUGAAAAAGCUGCAACAUCUAGUGGAGAAGGAGUUGCUUAAAAAUGAAAGGAGCAUGAACUUUGUGCAGUGUAUGAAGUCAUUCCUUAACUAUGCUGAUGGAAACUUGAAGGAGUUGCGAGGAGAUGAGGAUAGAGUGUUGGCACGUGUGAAAGAAAUUACGGAGUAUUUUCAUGGGGAUGUGAGCAAAGAAGAUGGAAACCCUCUUAGGAUAUUUGUGAUUGUGAGAGAUUUUCUGGGGAUGUUAGAUAAUGUGUGUAAAGAACUUAGAAGGUCUAAAGCUCCACGUAGCCCGAACCCUCUUGCUAUGCUCCCUUUAGAUAGAUCAUAGACUAGAAUUAAACACUGCCUUGUGUGUUCAUAGGAAUUGAAAUUUUUUAAACCAACCGAGUGUAACUUUAUUUUGAUUUUUGUGGAGUUUUGGAGCAUUUGGAUUUUGUAUUCUCUGACUUUGCUAAUCAUAUGGAACUUCGAUUGAUUAAAA